AUGUCAUUGGCUGCUUAUAAUGUGGGUUCCUUGGAUAACACGUCAUUGGCUGCUUAUAAUGUGGGUUCCUUGGAUAACAUGUCAUUGGCUGCUUAUAAUGUGGGUUCCUUGGAUAACACGUCAUCGGCCGCUUAUAAUGUGGGUUCCUUGGAUAACACGUCAUUGGCUGCUUAUAAUGUGGGUUCCUUGGAUAACACGUCAUUGGCUGCUUAUAAUGUGGGUUCCUUGGAUAACACGUCAUCGGCUGCUUAUAAUGUGGGUUCCUUGGAUAACACGUCAUUGGCUGCUUAUAAUGUGGGUUCCUUGGAUAACACGUCAUUGGCUGCUUAUAAUGUGGGUUCCUUGGAUAACACGUCAUUGGCUGCUUAUAAUAUUGGUUCCUUAGAUAACACGUCAUUGGCUGCUUAUAAUAUUGGUUCCUUGGAUAACACGUCAUCGGCUGCUUAUAAUGUGGGUUCCUUGGAUAACACGUCAUUGGCUGCUUAUAAUGUGGGUUCCUUGGAUAACACGUCAUUGGCUGCUUAUAAUGUGGGUUCCUUGGAUAACACGUCAUUGGCUGCUUAUAAUGUGGGUUCCUUGGAUAACACGUCAUUGGCUGCUUAUAAUGUGGGUUCCUUGGAUAACACGUCAUUGGCUGCUUAUAAUGUGGGUUCCUUGGAUAACACGUCAUUGGCUGCUUAUAAUGUGGGUUCCUUGGAUAACACGUCAUUGGCUGUUUAUAAUGUGGGUUCCUUGGAUAACACGUCAUUGGCUGCUUAUAAUAUUGGUUCCUUAGAUAACACGUCAUUGGCUGCUUAUAAUAUUGGUUCCUUGGAUAACACGUCAUCGGCUGCUUAUAAUGUGGGUUCCUUGGAUAACACGUCAUUGGCUGCUUAUAAUGUGGGUUCCUUGGAUAACACGAGGGAGCAUGGUAGUUAG